AUGAAGUCUUUUUCUCGUUCAUUUUGCUCUGUCGCAGUUAAACGGCCCAUUGGUGGAAAUAAUUUACAACUUCCUUAUCGAUGCCUCCAUGCUUCAGCACCGACGCUAUACCCUAGAAAACGGAACUUCUUUUCUUCCAAUGCUACCCUCCAACAAGAUGUCGCAUCAUCAAGUAUUGAAUCAGCAGCCGAGCUGAAGCCGGUGCAGAAAAGAAAACCUUUACGGUCGCCUGCUGGGAAGACGAGUUUGAGGAGGGUUGCAGUUGAAGCUCAAAGGUCCAGGCAGAACAUAACUCGACCUGAAGUCACCUCUGAAAAUGUUGUAGGCACAAAUAGAGUUAUUGCUAUCUCCGUGGCAGAUCAUUUUGAUAUGGAAGCUGUAGCUCGAGUUCUACGAUCGCAUGGUUUCUCAAUUGACCCGGAUGGAACUGGCUUUGAAUCCGAUGAGGUUAUACACACACGAGGGGUCAAUAAUGGAGAUAUAUUUGUGUUUCCUUCGGGUUCACUUGUGGCAUGGUCUUUGCCUGAGGAUGUAGUUACGGAUUUGGCAACAAAGACCCUAUUGCCGGCUGCUAUUGAUUCACAUGUUGGCAACGUUGAGAUAGAAGAUCUGGAAUGCGAGGAAGACCCCAAACGGGAAAACAGCAGUAUCAGAGGAGACACCAUUGUGUUAGGGACGAAGGACUCACCAAGCGAGGGACGUAUAAGCUCACAAGUCGACACAACUCUUGCGAAAAUAGCCUUUUCCUCUGGUCUUGCUAGAUCAACAAAACUCGCGGUCCUCGAGACUAUGCUAUCCAAGUACUUCGAAUCUACUAAAUCUAUACCUACAUUACUUUCCAGAGGGUCAAGACUACCCUUCAAUCGGCAAUUUAUGUUACAAAAGACUGGAGAGCUACUCGAUUUACGAGCGCGGUUGAACCACUAUUCCGAGCUUACAGAUUCACUUCCGGAUCUGUUCUGGGACAGUCGGCAUGAAUUGGGCCUGGAAGGAUAUUAUGAUCAGGUUGGGAGGGCUCUUGAUGUUGGUGUACGGAUCAAGACUCUGAACCAGAAGAUGGACUAUGCCCAGGAAAUCGCAACGAUUCUUCGGGAGACGAUGAGCGAAAAACAUAGUAUUCAUUUAGAGUGGAUCAUUAUCGUUCUCAUUGCUGUGGAGGUAGGAUUUGAGCUUCGGAGAUUAUGGAAGGAGCGAAGUGAACGAUUAGAAAAGGAAAUGGAAAAAGAGAAAGGGACAUGA